AUGCCGUCCUCAGUAGCCAAACACACCAUCCCACCUUUCUACGCAUGCUACUUCCUCCGUUCACUCUCCUCUCCAGGUAUCACCUACAUCGGCUCCACCCCUGCUCCACCUCGGCGGAAGCGUCAGCACAAUGGAGACCUCACCCAAGGAGCCUACAAGACUGCUCGAGCUCGGCCCUGGGAGAUGGAAUGCAUCGUAUACGGCUUCCCCUCGAAGAUUGCGGCUCUUCAAUUUGAGUGGGCUUGGGCCAAACCGAAUCUUUCUCGACAUCUCAAGUUCCUAGCUACCGAGCACACAGCUGAUGGUGUAGCCACUGAUACGGCUGCUUGGACAGGUAUGCCUUUGUUCCCUUCAACAAGCAUGACUCCGACUCAAACGAGGUGGGGUAGACCAAAGAGGCAGAGAGCUAGAUCGCCAUCGACCCCAAAUGCAAGGUUGCUGACAAUGCGGGCGCUGUUGCGGUCUGAGCCUUUCUGCGGGUGGGGCUUGAAGUUGGCUUUUUUUACGGAAUGGAGCUGGUUGGCAUAUAAGAGGCUAGAAGCUCUCUCCGCCAGCAACGCGGAGUCGGGUUUGCGGCUAGACAGGUACAGCCGAUCAGGCAAGCUGCUCCACCCGCUCUACCCUGUUGCAGUGUGCGACUUUACUGGUGUUGACGGCAAGCGUACACCCCUUGUUCACGUGUCCCAACAACACAGGCUCAAUGAAGGAGUGGCAGAUCAACCGGCCAAGAAGAAGCAGAGCUCAAGCAAGAAGAAGACGAACGAGGAUGACGAGGCUGCUCGAUGGCACGAAACGCUGCCCAGACCGGCUAAUUUGAAAGGCUUAGAUGCUUGUAUACAGGACUUCGAUUUGAUACCUGUAUCGGCCCCAGCCCCAUUGAACAGUGACUUGACGAAGAAGGCCAAGCGUGUCACCAAGGCCAGUAAGGCUGCCGCAACAGUGGAACAUCUGGACGAGGAGGAAGAAGGAGUAAGUAACGAAUAUGGAGAUGCUGAGUUCGAAACCGCGGCUACAGCAACAACGGCAGCUGAUGGAACAGCGCAGGCUAGGGCGUUACGACGAAUGCGUUUCGACGACACGGAUGCGGAAGAGUUGGAAUGGCAGCAGUUCGAGCAUGUUCUGUCCGUCCAAUCCUGCUCGAUCAACGACUUCAUACAGACCUGCGUCGAGCGACACAUCGCAGCUCAAGACGCUCGUACGGUCGAGUCGGCACCAAUAGCACCAACAAAUGCGUGUGCGAUAUGCAAGGAACCUAUCGACCUAACUCGCCAGCUAGAAUUCGUGCUCUGUCCCACCCCUUACGCAAGCACUCAACCGGUCAUUUCGAGAGCGAGCAGUACUGACGCCGGAGUGCAGGUUGAAGCAAGCAAGUGUAGCUCAAUUUUCCAUCUCAGCUGUCUGGCAGACGGUUUCCUCCAGCAGCAAGAGCAAAGUCAAAACAUAGGCGGGGUGGCAAGUAGCAGCACAAAUACAGUGCUGCCCACUCAUGGGUCCUGUCCCUCCCACGAAUGCGGUGGUCCAGCCGAAGUAGCCACAUGGGAGGACGUGGUCAGACGAAUGUAUCGCCGACACGAGCGUUUCGAGCGGCUCUUGCAGUUCCUCGUACGCUCUGGCAAGACCUUGGAUGAGCAUCUGAAACCGACAGAGGUCGAGGCUCCAGCCAAGGCGCAGAAGGCGAGGGGCAAGGCUAAAGCUAAGACAACAGAGGCGGACGUGGCAGAUGAUGAUACCGCAGCAGCUACGACAGGGAAGAAAGCGAAGGCCAAGGCCAAGAGGAAGUCUGCCGGUAGUACAGAAAUAGAAGCAGCAAAUGCGCAGGAAGGGGUGCUGAACAAGGUCGAGGAAAGAAGUAAAGUGAGAAAGAAGACCACUUCACGUCAGGCAAAAGCUAUUGUUGAUCCGGGUCAGGUCAUCGAUCUCACAUGA